UGUUUAUAGCAAAAUAGCGUCUUGUACACUUAGCUCGGAAAUAUUUUUACAUGCUAUGUCGUGAACGAGGCCCUUCAUUGUAAGUGAGAAAGUGUAUGUGAGCUCCAGCUGUAGUGAUCCAUCAGAACCUCUGUUUUCCUGAAUGUUUUUCCUCUGACUCAUCACCCGGUAGCCUACAAAUCUAUUGGAGUUAGCUUAGCAUGCUAGCUAGAAACACACUGAUGGGGACGGAAGUUAGCAACAAAGCGCCUGUCAGAGUUACUGUUUGAUGGAGAGCAAACAGUGUUUGAAUGUGGAGACAAAGUCUAAAAUGUCUAAAGCCCAAAUCCUAAGAGCGUCGGUGAAGCAGCGACUAACUGCGGCUGCUGAAGAAAUAUUUGGGCUGUUUGAAAGAACGAUAGCAGAGUACGAGGAGGAACUCUCUAGAUCAAAAGAGGAGAACGAGCGACAACGAAAACUACUGGACGCUGUUUUCAGCCCUCAGCUUCAGUUACACAUAGCAGAGGUCCAGCAGCUGUUGGUGGUUAAAGAAGAGGUUUCCCCUGAGCAGCAGGAGUGGAGCUCCAGUCUGGACCAGGAGGACCCAGAGCCACCACACAUUAAAGAGGAACAGGAGGAACUCUGGAGCAGUCAGGAGGGUGAGCAGCUUCAAGGGCUGGAGGAGGCUGGUAUCAAGUUCACACUCACUUCUGUCCCUGUGAAGAAUGAAGAAGAUGAUGCUCAGUCCUCACAGCUUUAUCAGAGACAAAUUGACCAGAUGGAAACAGGAGCUGAUGGAGAGGACUGUGGAGGACCAGAUCCAGAUACACAUUUACAGCUAUCUAGCAGUGAGAAGACCCCACAGCAUCACCAACAACAAUCUGAAGUCAGCGAUGACUGGAAGGAGACCAGUGAACUUCAGUCAGGUUUGAACUUUCUGAAAAAUGACAGACGGGAUUCCUGUGAGAGACUAUUUUGCUGCUCUGAGUGUGGUAAACGAUUUAACCAAAACUCAAAUCUUAAGACACACAUGAGAACUCACACAGGAGAGAAACCUUUCAGCUGCCCAGUUUGUGGUAAAAGAUUUGGUCAGAAGGCGCACAUGCAGAACCAUUUGAAAUGUCACACAGGAGAAAAACCCUACAGCUGCUCACUCUGUAAUAAAUGUUUUUCACGGUGUGAACAUUUACAGUUACACAUGAGAACCCACACAGGGGAGAAACCAUUCAACUGCAGCAUUUGUGAUGAAAGAUUCACAUGGCUUUAUCAGUUCAAAAAUCACAAGUGUGGCAGUGACUCAUCUCAGCUUCAUGAACUCUGGAGCUGUCAGGAGGGAGAGCAGCUUCAACGGCUGAAGGAGGCUGAGAUCACCAAGUUUCCUUUGACUCCAGUUUCUAUGAAGAGUGAAGACAGUGGACAGAAAGCUCAGUCCUCACAGCUUCAUCAAAGACAAACUGAACAGAUGGAAACAGAUGGAGAGGACUGUGGAGGACCAGAACCAGCCAGGAACUCAGAUGCAGAUGCUCUUUAGUUACAUGGACUGAUAUAUAACUCAUUCAUUGGACUGUUCUAGUGAUGUCAUCCUGAAUUCUUAAGGUUUGUUUGAGAUGAGCUGCAGCUGGCCUUGUAAGACGUAACCGAUCGGGGCGUUAUCAAAAAGCAUGAAGUCCAACAGCUCAGAGUUUGUUUGACUCGACAUGCAAAGGUAGAAGUAGCUGAGAAAGUGGAUGCAAUAGCCUCUGUUACUGUAUGGAGAUGAACACAGUCCAUGACAGUAUCAAUAUAUAUGAGAAAUAUGAUACUAUUUGCUGACUGGUCACUUAAAUUGUGCAAAAGACCUUUGACAUUAUGAGUGUUUUUGUGCUAAUACCAGUAAGUCAAAAGCUAUGUAAAUAAAGAUAUAGAAACAAACAAAAUAUAAUUAAUAAAUAAAAGUGUAAUGGUGCGUUCACAUCAAACAUGAUGCGAGCGCCUUGCGUGGCAAGAUUACAUGCAGAGUCAGUGCUAAGAUUGGAAUAUACACCCAUCAGCCAAAA